AGCACGCACUUCCUGUAGAAAAUUCACACAUAGCAUUCCCGGCUGGAGCUUUGAGGGAGACAGAAACAACAGUCAGUCGAAGUAGUUGUCUGGACUCACAAUGCUUGCGCUGAUAAACCGGCUUUUGGACUGGUUCAGGUCCCUAUUUUGGAAGGAGGAGAUGGAGCUAACCCUGGUGGGACUCCAAUAUUCUGGGAAAACCACCUUCGUUAACGUGAUUGCUUCUGGCCAGUUCAGUGAGGACAUGAUCCCAACAGUCGGCUUCAACAUGAGAAAAGUCACCAAAGGCAAUGUCACAAUUAAGAUCUGGGACAUAGGAGGGCAGCCGAGGUUCAGGAGCAUGUGGGAGCGCUACUGCCGAGGUGUCAAUGCCAUCGUUUACAUGGUGGAUGCAGCAGACCGUGACAAAGUGGAGGCCUCCAGAAAUGAGCUGCAUAAUCUCUUAGACAAGCCACAGUUACAAGGAAUUCCUGUGCUGGUGCUUGGCAACAAGAGGGAUCUCCCCAGUGCAUUGGAUGAGAAGCAGCUUAUUGAAAAAAUGAACUUAGCAGCCAUUCAGGACAGGGAGAUCUGCUGCUACUCUAUUUCCUGCAAAGAAAAGGACAAUAUAGAUAUCACUCUCCAGUGGCUUAUACAUCACUCCAAAUCCCGGAGAAGCUGAAGGACAGAACCCUCCAUCCCAGUCACGUCUGUUUCAGCCCCUAUCCCGCUCACUCUGUGAUGGUGUACAGUAGCCCUUCCUCUUCACCGCACUGUCAUGUCCCUGUAAAUUCUACCCACCAACCCCACGCGCACAUCCCCUGGUCCACUCUGCACACUGCUAAAAAUGUGUUAGCCUUCAGCCUACAGUUUAGAGUCUGAGAGUUGUCAUGAAUGCUUCUUGUGGAGAAACAUUCUGAGCUGAGAGACCCGACAUCUGACCCCAGCACCAAUGCCUUUCACAAAAAAAACGCCAAAUGUCUGGUGCUUUUUUUUUUUCUGUUUGUUUGUUUUUAAUAUCCCUCUUGUGUCUGUGAGUCAAGGAGCAGGUGUCAGAUAAUGUGACCCCAGGCCGUCUCGCCUCCUACAGCUGUAUCCUAAACAUUGCAGGGGGGGAGGGGGGGCGUGCGGUUUGGUGGGAUGGUAGGAGAGGGUUGCCAGUCGAUACAGUUGGACUUGGGGUAAUGUAGUGGGAUUCUGCCAAUAUUUUGUGUGUGUGUGUGUGUGUGUGUGUGUGUGUGUGCACAUGCGUUUGUGUUUUCUUGUUAUUUUGAAAUUGUACUUUCGUUUUAUAAACCUUUUUG